UGGCCCCAGUGUCUCGUCUCUCGUGUACAGUGAGUAGUGAAUGGACGUAUUCCCUUCAUAUAUAGUUCUUCGCGAUGUUUAUUCGCAUUCAGAGACAGCUGAGGAGGAACCCGACACUCGUGGUGCUGGUGACGCUAACUCUGUGGUGGAGUGCGGCCUGUAUGUUCGUGUAUACUGCGAGAGCUAGCAGCUUUGUUGGGAAUUCUGAUAUUUCUUUGGAUUUGGAAGACGAGUAUGAGUUCGUUGAUGGACGAAGGACACGAAUGCACAGAGAAAAACUUUCGAGGAGAGGAAAAUACAAACAAGUGCAGGAACGUGUGUCGAAUUUUUCGAUGGAUCUACCGAAGUUAUACCUCGACACAAGGCGAGUCGAAGAAAACGGACUGGUUAGUGAGGAACAGAAAAUGGAGACGAAGAAGAGUAAAUUUCCCGAAAACAUCGAAGACUUCAGCCAUACAAAGCGAAGAAAGAGACACUCGCUCCCGACGAAGAAGAAGAAGAAGGGACGCAGAAUGAAAGCAAAACCACAGAAACAAAAGCAGAUCGAAGUCUCGGCUCCUCCACCACCCGAAAACACGAGCACCGCGACCCACCCGGAGAACCUUGCAUCUCUCAGAACACUCGUGACCAUCGUCUGCGGAACUCAACAACGCCCCGACGAGUACCAGAGGAACAUCUUCGGCAGGCAGCUCAACCAGACCAAGGCGAUGCUCAAGUCACUGGUCUACUUCAGCACCUUCACGGCCUUCAGGAUAAUUCUUGUGACCGAUACUGUAGACACAUACACCCAAGUCCUUCAACAGAUCGAAGACUGGCCAGCCAAGUACCGGUCCCGCCUCCACCUCGAGAGGGCGGAGCUAUGGACGCCGUCUUCGCAGUCAGACCCUCUGCUGUUACAAAGAUGGCGGCCGUGUUCUUGGUCCAAGCUGUUUCUGCUGGAGUCUCUGCCCUUCGUGGACUCGGCCGUGUACGUGGACACCGAUAUCCUGUUCCUCGCUCCUGCAGAAGGGCUGUGGGACGUCCUGGAGGAGUUGGAGGCGCCCCAAGCACUGGCGUUGGGGCCUGAUCCUCUGUACGAUAGGCAUAAGCACCGACGCUACGCAGGUUCAGUGGGACUGAGUGCCGGCUUGAUGGUGAUGGACCUCGCUGCUCUCCGGGCCUUCAGAGGGAAGCACGGGAACUUCACGCAGACGAUCCUCUACUACAAAAACAGCUUCGAAAAUUAUCACGACCAGGACACCCUCAACGUCUUCCUGGCCGACCACCCGACCUCCUGCACGAGCUCGGCGCCCGUUGGACUUCAGCCCGAGCCAGUGCCUGGGCGGCGUCCUCUCCUGCUGCAUCGAAACGGGCGUAGCGGUGUUACACGGCUUCGACGCCACCUUCGUCAGGGGAAUCGAAAUGGUCUUCCAGGUGAUCUACGAGCGCCUCCUCGGGCUGGCCCUCGACGCCGGCAGCGCGAGCGACCUCCUGCGCGACCUCGAGGAGCAGUUCCUCCGCGUGGACCGCCUCGGCCUCGAGUCCACGUGCAAGAAGGUGUGGGGGAUCCAGGACAUCCUUCUGAAGCACAUCCGGGACUUGGCGAAGGUCGAGGAGAGGGAAGGAACGGGAACAAUGCGAUAAAGAAGGAGAGGACGAGAGAACAAGUAUAA